CCUUUUAAAUUAAUUAUCUGCGUUUACACUAUCACCACCAGUGCACCACCACCAACGGCUUCUUAAUCCUUUCUCCACCCCCUCUCUUUCUCUCUCUAAAAUCUUUGACUGCUUUCUCUCUCUAGAAUCAAAAUAAAACCCUAAAAUCUACAAGUAAAAGAAAAACCCACCUCCUUUUAUGGACCAAACACGUAUUCAGUGUUCUUCAAUAACCUUAACUUUAUGAUCUUCACUUUUGCUCCGACAACCUGUUCAUCAUUUUGGAUUUUGCUGUCUUGACUGGUACGUGCUUCAACGUUUAGUCAAAAAGCAAUUGAUCUGAGAGAACCCCUGUCAAGAAAUUUCGAUUUACCUUACCAAAUGAGGUUUCUAAUUGAAUCCUGAAGCCUUACCAAAUUUCAAACCUUGUUUACCUUUUUUGCUCCGAUUUUAUGUUUACUGGGAUGGUUGUUUUGUGGAAGAUAUGGGUACUUGUGAUUCUUCUUGGGGUUUCUCGGGUUCUUGUGAUUUCACAGAACCUAACAUGCAAUUCCAAUGAUUUAAAAGCUUUAGAGGGUUUCAGGAAUGGAGUGGAAUCCGCCAUUGAUGGAUGGUGGCCUACGAAUUCAUCAUCAUCAUCCUUCAAUUGCUGUAAUUGGGUAGGAAUUAAGUGUGAUUCCGAUUCUGGUAGGAUUGUUAGAUUAGAACUCCCGAAGAAAAGAUUAACAGGUGUUUUUUCUGAUCUAAUUUCCAAUUUAGAUCAGCUUAGAACGCUAAAUCUUUCUGGUAAUUUCCUCAGCGGCCCUCUUCCAAUUUCCCUCUUUCAUUUUACCCAUCUGGAAGUUCUUGAUUUGAGCAGUAAUGAUUUUAAUGGAGCUUUCCCUGAUAGCAUUAACCUGCCUGCACUUCAAGAACUAGACCUUUCUGGUAAUGGCUUCCAUGGUUCUAUUCCGGCUGGUCUAUUUGUUAAUUCCACCGGAAUUCGUGUGCUUAAAUUAGCUGUGAAUUCGUUAAAUGGAAGCAUCCCACCCGAACUCGGGGACUGUAAAUUCCUUGAACAUAUAUGUGUCGCUUCCAAUCUUCUUUCCGGCGCCAUUCCGGAGUUCUUAUUCCAUCUACCUCGAUUGGGAGCAUUGGAUCUUCAAGAUAACUCCUUCACUUCCAUCACCGGAAUUGGUAAUUCCUCUAGCCAUGUUACCCGUUUGGAUGUUUCAUCAAAUCAGCUUUCCGGGAAUCUACCGGAUUUCUUCCAUAAUUUUCCGAACUUGACUCAUUUCUCAGCUCAAUCGAAUCGUUUCUCCGGUGGCAUACCUUCUUCACUCUCAAAUUCACCGGCCAUUUCUUUUCUUAAUUUAAGAAACAAUUCCUUCAAUGGUCCGAUUGAAUUGAACUGUUCCAUGAUGACGAACCUCUCCUCACUUGAUCUUGGCACCAACAACUUUUCCGGUUCCAUUCCUGACGACCUUUCAUCUUGCCGGAAUUUAAGAGCUAUAAAUCUCGCUAGAAACAGAUUCCAUGGUGAAAUCCCUGAAACUUUCAAAAAUUUCCGAUCACUAUCUUACCUUUCCCUCUCGAAUUGCAGUUUCAGUAACCUCUCAACCACUCUUAAAAUCCUUCAACACUGUCCAAACCUAACCGUUUUGGUUCUAACCAUGAACUUUCGUGGUGAACAGUUGCCGGCCGAUGAUGAUAAAUUAAGUUUCAGAGCACUCAAAGCUCUCGUAAUUGCAAACUGUGGACUUUCCGGCAGCAUACCCACGUGGCUAAAAGAUUCAACACAAUUGCAGUUGUUAGAUUUAUCGUGGAAUAAUUUGGUAGGUUCGAUUCCAUCUUAUUUAGGUGACUUCCAGUAUCUUUUUUACUUGGAUCUAUCCAACAACUCGUUAUCGGGGGUGAUACCAAAGAACCUCACGCAAUUACCUUGCCUCAGUUUCCGGGAAAUCUCACUGGAAGAGGGUUCACCGGAUUUCCCGUUUUUCCGGCGACCCAACAUCAGUAACAGAGCAGUCGCGUUGCAGUAUAAUCAGAUUAUGAGCUUCCCGCCUCUUCUUGAUCUCAGUAAUAACCACCUCAACGGGUCAAUCUGGCCGGAAUUUGGGAACUUGAAAAGGCUAAUUGUUUUGGACCUGAAACACAACAAUAUCUCCGGUGGAAUUCCUAGCUCUUUGUCAGGGAUGACGAGUAUUGAAAUUCUUGAUCUGUCGUAUAACAAUUUGACAGGAUGGAUCCCUCCUUCGUUGGUGAAUUUAACCUUUUUGUCCAAAUUUAGUGUCGCUUACAAUGAUUUAACUGGGUUGAUCCCAAAGGGAGGCCAGUUCACAACGUUUACAAAUUCAAGCUUCGAAGGAAACAAGUUAUGCGAUUACACUUGCCAGAAUUCAAACGAACUCUUUCCACAAUCCCAAAACAGGAAAUCCAGGAAAAGCAAAGGCGCAAUUGCAGGUAUGGCAAUCGGAAUCGGAAUCGGAACAUUAUUCAUUCUUCUACUCAUGUUCUUGAUCGUUCUUCGCGCAACAACCAGACAAGAAGUCGAUCCAGAAAAAGAAGAUGAAACGGAUAGCAACAAAGAAGAACACGAAUCAAGACUAGUCGUUCUUUUCCAGAAAUCAAACGAAAACAACAAAGAUCUUUCCCUCAACGAUCUUUUGAAAUCAACCAACAGUUUCGAUCAAGCAAACAUAAUCGGAUGCGGAGGAUUCGGUCUCGUCUUCAAAGCCACCCUCCCAGACGGCCGGAAAGUCGCCAUUAAACGGUUGUCCGGCGACACUGGUCAAGUCGAUCGUGAAUUCCAAGCGGAAGUGGAAACCCUCUCGCGGGCCCAGCACCCAAAUCUUGUCCUCCUUCAAGGGUAUUGCCAACACAAAAACGACAAAUUCUUGAUCUACUCAUUCAUGGAAAACGGAAGUCUCGAUUACUGGCUACACGAAAAACCAGACGGCCGAUCAAAAGUAAACUGGGACACCCGGUUACGAAUCGCACAAGGCGCAAUUAAAGGACUCGCGUAUCUACACCAAUCUUGCGACCCCCAUAUCCUUCAUCGAGACAUCAAAUCAAGCAAUAUACUUCUAGAUGAGAAUUUCGAAGCCCAUUUAGCUGAUUUUGGGCUUGCGAGACUGAUAUUACCAUAUGAUACUCAUGUGACGACUGAUUUGGUUGGGACUUUGGGCUACAUUCCUCCUGAAUAUGGUCAGGCGUCGGUGGCAUCUUACAAAGGAGAUGUAUAUAGUUUUGGGGUUGUUCUUUUGGAGCUUUUGACUGGGAAAAGACCGAUGGAUAUGUGUAAACCGAAGGGGAGUAGAGAUUUGAUUUCGUUUGUGAUGCAGAUGAAGAGAGAGAAACGAGAGAAUGAAGUGUUUGAUUCGUUUGUUUUUGAUAAAGAUAAUGCCAAGGGGAUGUUGUGGGUUCUUGAGAUUGCUUGUGUUUGUUUGAAUGAGAAUCCCAAGUUGAGGCCUUCGACUCAGGAGUUAGUUUGUUGGCUUCAUCAUGGUUGUCUUGGCACUUAGGUUUGUUUGUUUCUUUGUUCGUUUAUUUUUUCGAUUUGUUUCUUUUGUAAUUUUGAUUUUGGUGUAUAUAUAAUAAGUAUAUAUAUAAGCAGGAAAAUGGGUUUUAGAAAA